AUGCCGAAUUCGAAUGGCAAUUUCCUCAUGGAGUGCAAGUAGUGUGGUCAGGGUUUUCAAGGGAGCCAGACGAAAGCCGCACAGCACUUCACGAUCAAGAACAAUUGCCCCAAAAUCUCCGUGGAGCAGAUGGCGGAGAUAUGGAACAAGAGAAAGUACAGGUUCGAUCCAAGCCAUGCACGGAAGAUCAUGAACUUUCUGAAGUCUCGUGGGUUGCGAGACAACAGAUGUGGAUUGGGGAGGGAGCCGGAGGGGAAUGAGGAGUUUGAGGACAGCGAGGAGGAGAGGAGGGCGGUCGAGGGUGGAGAUAAUGAUGGUGAGAGUGAUGCAGAGGACAUGGAGGUGCGGCGAGAGGUGGAGCGCGCCAGGAGAAAGUUAAGGAAGGAGAAGGCCGUUGACGAGGACAGCACCCCUGACGAGGACGCCGACGACGACGAUGACGAUGAGGGAGCAGACCUUGGGGCCUCUCUGGAUGGGGGGUUGAUGGGCGAUGGCCGUCGUGGCCAAGAGGGGGCAGCUAGGGCGAUGAAGGAGGCUGCGGGAUCGAAGAAGAGAAAGAGGAAGGCGAAGAUGACUACCACUGAGGCGAGAUCAGCACCUUCUGAGCCCAAAAAGAGCAGAGUUCUUCGACAGACGUCCAUGUUGGAGACCUUCGAUCCAGUGGACAUUGAGGCGACGGGAGCGACCAUCCUCACGGAUGGUCGCAAGUCAAUCACGAGCGACCAGAUAGUCAACUUCCUUGCUACUGGUCCCACGGGCGCGUACCUUUUCAGGACUGUGCAGCGGGAUGGUGCUGUUCAGGAGACAGCAGAGGCCGUAGUGGAGCGAUGGAAGGACGUGUUCGACAAGUUUGGUGUCGACAAGGUGAACGUCAUUUGUACUGAUUCCGCGUCUGCGUAUGUUGCUGCGUCCAAGCUCCUCGCCCAGGAGGAAGUCAAGUACAGCCGCAUCACUUGGCUUCCGUGUGCGGUCCAUGUCUGCAUCUUGUUGUUGUCAUACAUCGCGAAGGAUGGGCGCGACGGGAGCCUCGGGAAGAGGGAGGACACCAUCAUCAGGGCUCGAGCUGUCUUGCGUUUCAUCAGAGAGCAUGGGGCGACUCUGAGCCUUUAUCAACGGUUCUUUGCCGCCCACCCCUCUUCCGCCUCCGCGGCGGCUGGUGGUUCGAGGUCUGCGCCACCCUCGUCUCAGCGGCGAGGCAGGGAGCUUGUGUACCCUAUGCAGACGAGGUUUGUCACCCACUACUUGAUGUUGGAGAGGCUGCUGGAUCGUCGCAGAGCGUUGGAGGCGUUGAUGAUGAGCGACGAUUGGCUGCGGACUGCAUGGAGGAGGUCCAUUUUUCUGCAGGCCAGAUGGAUGCUACGGCGUAUGGACGGGGGGGGUCGCGUGAUGACUCGCAUGUGGUCGUGGGGUUUUAUCAGGGUCGACAGGGUGGCGAGAGCAAGCCUUAACAGGACGUCGAAGGACAAGCUCCACAUCGUUGUUCAGGCUUGUCAGGCGCGGGUCGCUCAUUUAAUGGAGCCUGCACAUUGCAUGGCCCACCUCCUCAAUCCGCGGCAGAGGAGCAUUACUUUUUUUGGAGCGGCGAGGCGUACCGACCAUGAGCGGAUACUGGCAGACGAGUCGUUGCGAUACCUUCCCCAGCAGACUGGUGGUGACGAGGAUUUGUAUCAGACGUUGCGCACGCAGCUGGCGGAGUUUCAUUCUCGGGAGGGCGAUUGGACGUAUGGAGGGGCCGAGGGAGACACGGAUGCGGCCGCCUGCAAAGGGGAGAAGGAGACGUCACAGGUGGGGCAGUGGUGGGUUCAGCACGGGGACGGGGUCCCUCUCCUUCAUAGCAUCGCCAUUCGCUUGUCGCACACAUGGACGUGCGCCUCUCCGGCGGAGAGGAAUUGGGACGUCCAUGAGUGUGUUCAGGUGAAGAGGCGCAAUCAACUUUGUUUCAUCAAGCUGACUCGUUUGGUGGAGAUAUCCACCAACUUGAGAUUGAGUUGUUGUCAGGGGAGGGGUUCUGGGUACGUUCUUCCAUGGGAGGACGCUGAGGAGGAGACAAAGGACGCUAUUCCUCCGCCUCUUGAUGAGGGUGUUCGGCCGGCUGACCGAGUCACCAAGGCACAGCGCGACCGGCAGGUCCAGCGCGGGCGGAAGGAUCGCCUUUCAAAGGCACCUCCCAGCGUCGCGACGUAUUUCGGUCGUCGCGCCACGGUGCUCAUGGCGCAUGAGUUGGAGUCGAUGUACGAUCCCGAGCCUGAUCCCAUAGCUCAGGACGCGAUGGAGGCCGAGCCGUGGUCCGAUCCGGACGACCUGGCCGUGGAGUUAGAGCCAGGAGGUUCGGAUGACGAUGACGACGACACUCCUCUCUUCCAGAUUCCGCGUCCUCGCACACGUGCGUCCACGGCGGCCGCUGCACCGUGUCCCGCAGCACGCCCUCCUUCGAGUGCUCCCGACGUCUCACAGCCAGGCCCGGCGGACCGUGUCGAGAGUAGUACGCCACACCCUUCGACCGAUCGUCGCGGACAGGGAGGGACUUGUGAGCGUGUGGACGAGGGAAACGACGGCGAUAGCGACGAUAGGGAGGGAUAUGAGGGCAGCAGUGAGGAUGAGGAUGAUCCUGUUAUUCCCCAACACGCGGACAUGGUGACGACGAUGACGAUGAGGGCGGCGACGGUGGACGGGCUGUGGGUGGUUUUCGGAAGGCGUGCUGGCACAAGAAAAGUAAGGCGAGAGUCUGCAUCGUCCACUCGCACUGUGCAUUGGGUUGAUGAGGAGAAGCCCGCUGAGGCAGCUGUGGUUGCUCCCUCCCCUAUGGAGGUUGCUCCCUCCCCUGCAGAGUUCGUUGCGGCGUUUAGGAAGGUUGCUCCCUCCCCUACAGAGUUUGCUGCGGCGUCUGCAGAGGGCGCAGCAGCGUCUGCGGAGGGUCCAGGCGGGUUUGCGGGUGGUAGUGGCGAUGCUGGAGAGGUUGGGAGGCCAUCUGCACAGGUGGGUGUCAGUUUCAGCGACAACAUUUUUGAUGUUUCGUUAGGGCAUCCUCCGACACCGGCAGGGGAGCGUGUCGGUGUCGAUGUGGACGCAGCGGCCACGCCCGUCAGUCAGGUACUUCGUGACAUACCUUCAUGCAGCACGGGCGACAUCAGUAGUAGCAGGUUGCAGGAGGCAGCAGAGGGGGCACCGGGUCGGUCGGGGCAGCACGAGCGUGCAGCUGGGGAUGAUGGGGAGUAUCGACCUGUGCAGGAGCGGGCGACAGAGUCAGAGCAGGACAGGAUCGACCGCGAGGAGAGGAGGAGGGCGCAGGGGUUGGCUAGCCGCUGCGAGAUGACGCGGAGUGUUGCAUCGAGGGCACGUGUAGCGCGGAUGCUCGAGACGGGCGUUGAGGCAGGUGAUGCAGAGGGCGAGUGCGGCACUGCGGGCAUAGGGGAUGCGGGCGAGAGACCUGCGUCGCCAGUUCAGGGUGUUUGCGUUUUGCCUCUCGGUGGGGCCAUGCCGGCGGGGGGAGUUGGAGCAGCAGGCACGGGAGGACCCGUUGCAGGCAGAUCGCUGGGGACGGAUGACCGAGGCAUCGAGGAGACUGAUGGCAGAGGCCUCGGCUUACGUGCCUUGCAGCCCGUCAGUGCCAUCGUCCACCACAGGUGUCAGCACACCCGCAUAUGUGGAGGGCACAGUCGCGGCAGAGGCGGUACGGGGCCCCUCGCCAACACCUGUCGGGGAGUCUCCUUCUCCUCAGUCACGGAAGAAGAAGAUGAGAGCAGGGAAAAAUCUUAGUACCAUGAGGAGAGUGACGUCGACGAUGCGGGCGAGUCAGCCUGGGUUGGGCGGUUUACAUCCGCGGACACGGGCGAUUUUGAG